GGCCGGAGGGAGGAGAAAACCGGGGCUCGCCGCGAGCCUUCGAGAGCAGCGGCCGCGGAGGAGGAGGCGGCGGCGGCAGAGUCUCGGGCCAGCCGCACGCGCAUCCCUGGGCGCCCUGCGCUGCAGAGAGCUCGGCGGGCCGCGGGAGCCCCGGACGGGAGUGGACAAAGCAAGAUGGCAGGGAUCUUAGCCUGGUUCUGGAACGAGAGGUUUUGGCUCCCGCACAAUGUCACCUGGGCAGACCUGAAGAACACGGAGGAAGCCACCUUCCCUCAGGCUGAGGACCUGUAUCUCGCCUUCCCCUUGGCCUUCUGCAUCUUCAUGGUACGACUCAUCUUCGAGAGAUUUGUAGCUAAACCAUGUGCCAUAGCCCUCAACAUUCAGGCCAAUGGACCACAAAUUGCCCAGCCAAAUGCCAUUUUGGAAAAGGUCUUCACUGCAAUUACAAAGCAUCCUGAUGAAAAGAGAUUGGAGGGCCUGUCCAAGCAGCUGGACUGGGAUGUUCGCAGCAUUCAACACUGGUUCCGACAGAGACGCAACCAAGAGAAGCCAAGCACGCUGAAGAGGUUCUGUGAGAGCAUGUGGAGAUUUUCAUUUUACCUCUAUGUAUUUACCUAUGGAGUCCGGUUCCUAAAAAAGACCCCCUGGCUGUGGAAUACAAGACACUGCUGGUACAACUACCCCUAUCAGCCACUCACGCCUGACCUUCACUACUAUUAUAUCCUGGAGCUGUCGUUUUAUUGGUCUUUAAUGUUUUCCCAGUUCACUGAUAUCAAAAGAAAGGACUUUGGCAUCAUGUUCCUGCAUCACCUUGUAUCCAUUUGCUUGAUUACCUUUUCAUAUGUCAACAACAUGGCCCGAGUAGGGACCCUGGUCCUGUGUCUCCAUGACUCAGCCGAUGCGCUUCUAGAGGCUGCCAAAAUGGCAAAUUACGCCAAGUUUCAGAAAAUGUGCGAUCUCCUGUUUGUUAUGUUUGCCAUGGUUUUUAUCACCACACGACUGGGUAUAUUUCCUCUCUGGGUGUUAAAUACCACAUUAUUUGAAAGUUGGGAGAUUGUUGGACCUUACCCUUCCUGGUGGGUUUUUAACCUACUGCUGUUACUAAUACAAGGCUUGAACUGCUUCUGGUCUUACUUGAUCGUAAAAAUAGCUUGCAAAGCUAUUUCAAAAGGCAAGGUAUCCAAGGAUGAUCGAAGUGAUAUUGAGUCCAGCUCAGAUGAGGAGGACCCAGAACCGCCAGGGAAGAGCCCCCACACUGCGACCACCACCAAUGGAACCAGUGGUACCAAUGGGUAUCUCCUCACUGGCCCUUGCUCCCUGGAUGAUUAAUUCCUACAAACCAGAAGUCCCAAACAAAGUGAACUGUUUAUUCCUGGAAGUCUUUACUAAGUUGCAAAUGCGGUUCCUUUCAUAGUAUCUCAGCACCAGAAACAAAAAUUAAGAUUAUCAAAGCAUUUUGAGUAGUGCACUGCCGUAUGUCCUGUCUGUGAAUGAAGAAGUCCCGUUCUCUAUGUGUAGGCAUGCUGUAUGUAACUGGCACAAGGGAACAGUAUUUGCAUUUGCACUGUCUUAGAAUAUUAUUUAUUUUUUGUAUUUGUUUGUAAGUCUGUGGACAAAAAAGGGUUUCCUCACUCCUUUUACUCUCUGGGUUCGUGACAGGGAAGGAGACGCUCCACCUGCUUCUACCCCUUUCUAAUGCUAUGACCCAGUCCGCCAGUCGCAUCGGCUUAAUUUGUCACUUAGAGCAAGCAAAAGUCAGUGCAAGGUUCUCGUACAGCUCCAAAUAGCUUUGCUUUGUUUGUGUUACAGUGCCCAUUUUGAACUGGCCUGUACAGUCUCAGUGACCCUUCUCCUGGUAUAAACUUUAAACAGGAUGAGCUCGCUUUUGUAAUUGUCACUCUUCUUGGUCAAUUAGCUGUUCCAAUUCAAGAGUGUGGUUACUGGAGGACUUAAAAAUUUUUGUGCAUGUUAAAUUGCUGUGGAAUAGACUUGAUUUCUUGUGCACACAGCCAAGAUUUUUUGAAUGAGAAUGUAACUAGGUGGGGAUUAACUUUGCAGGUACAGGGAUUUUUUUUUUUUUUUUUAAUUCUCUAUUAUGGGGUCAGUGCUCUGGCUCUAAAAGGAGAUUUUUACUUAAGGGCAUAGUUACAAAGAAAUCCCUCUUCUUACUGGGAAUCUGUCCUAGGACCUGAGAACAGCAUAAAGAGAGGAACAGAUUUCAACCAGAUUUGACCACCACCCCUGUCAUUAGCACAGUCUUCUGCCAUGUCGUGAAAAGAAAGAAGAAGCUAAGUGUAUUUGGGGACAGAAAAAGACUUUCUAAGAGUUGGCCAAAGUCAGCUCUGGCGCAAAGCACUUUAUUGCAAACAGCUUUCGAGAAAGUGCUCUAUCUUGUAUUUGAUCUUGAUGUUUUUUAUUUUUCUGAGCAAAAUAAAGCCAAUGGGAGAAAGACCAUUUUACCCUUUGUCUUUUCUCCUUAAACUUAACCCAUAACAUAACAGCAGUUCCUGUUAUUAGAAACUGAGCAGUGUUACACUUUAAGUCCCUUUGUUUGCUUCUUUGGAGACCUGUUCAGUUUCCAGGAAUUUUUAUUCAAAUAGUGCUAGUUCUGGAAACACAAUAAAAAUUGUAUUCAGCAAUGAGAAAGAUAACUAAAAAGUUUAAGUUUUAGUCUCUUACAGGCCAGUGUUAUUUAUGAAUAGAAAAGGAAAUCAUACACAUAAACCAAAGAUUUUAUCUCUUUUCUCUCAACUUUUAGUAAGGGGAAUAAAAAGGUAUUAGAACUAUUUCAUAAAUCAGAAAGACCAUCAUCUAAAGCAAGAGUCCCAAACCACAAUACAGUGAUAGCAAUGGAUGAAUCAGGGCUAGUGAAGGCACCAGAAAAAUACUAGGGAGUGUAUGUCCCACUCAAAACCUUUCAUUCAAUUCAGUUUUUUUAAAAAAUGGAAAUAAAGCUUCGUGCCCACAGUGUGUAACCUGAGUGUUAAAAGAAUACUCCCGAACAAAAACCUUUCUCUGUAAUAUUAAAACUUCCCCCACUUAUUUACAAAACAGUAUGUUUCUGGUAUGGUCCAUAGUAAUAAUUAAAGAGACUUAGGAAUAUGUCUGCUUGUUUAUUGAGAAAAUAAUGUGACUACUUCUCCUUGUAAAGCCUUAUUAUUUCAUUUCUCAGAACAGGGAUGUGCCUAGGAGUGUGAUUUGUGGAUGGUUGAGUUUGUGGGACCGAUCCUUAAACAUCAGAAGUACUUUUUGUCAGCUGAACAUCUGCUAAAAUGUAGAUAUAUAAAAAGUGUCAGCAAGGAUGUUAUACCUAAACAUUUUUUCAGAAGGUGAAAGUUUCUUAUCAACCAAAAUAUGGAACAGAAGAGUGACUUCUGCCUCGCUUUAGCGUCUAGAGCAAGUCCGCUGAUGGGUGCAAUAAACCAGAGAGUCACAGUGUGUUCAGAUUUGGAUCAUCUGACACUCUUGAGCAGAGAAGAAUAAUUUCAGAAGCUCUGCUUGUAAAUUAAAGGUUUAGAAGCAUUGCAUGAAAUGAAGAAAAUUAAGUCUAUCCUUAGCAAAGACAUCUGAACAAGCUUUUGUUUUUCCUAAAAGUCCCUUAGAAGGAGGAUUGAGAAUUCUCAGAGCCUCUCUGACCAAUGACAGUACCUUAACACAGUCCUCUAUGUAUGUAUAGAUUUUUAUUUAACUUGACAUUUUAGUGCAAAGGUUCUUUUCAACUAAGCAAGAUGGCAUUUGUAGGCUUUUUAAGAUGAAGAAUUAAUAUAUCUUUGUCGACUGCUCUCCCAUUGUGGCCUGAUGAGGCUGAGAGAGAAAUAUAUGUGCCAGAUCCUGUCUUCUCCCUAUGCCAGGCCAUAGCUUUGGAAGUGUUUUGUAAGUUCAACUGUAGGUUAGUGAAAAUGUUGUUUCCCAUUAAUUAACUUAGCCCGUCCUGGUCACAAUCAACCCUUACCAAGGUACAAAGGGGUAUGUAGGAGGGAAUCCAGAAGAAGUAACCUUUUACUCACCAAUAUUAGAGCUUUUCUAGAUUGCUUGAGGGGGUGUAGAAAAUCAAGUAGAAUUCGGCCUUGGGUCAAUAAAUAAUAUAAAAAUGUGUGAUCUAUGUAGGUAUAUGUGUGUUUCUCAAAAAAAAAAAGUGAUAAAACCAAAAUAUCACCAACUCAUCCUUAUCCAUAUUCUUUU